CUCAGGGGUUGGGUACUCAAGCCGGGAAAGUCUGAUUAUCUUCUUUUUAUUUUAUUUCUGGUCUUGCCAUGUGGAAAAUAGUGAGGUUAUGUUACAAGAUUUCGAAUGUCACCAAUAUUUUACAAAUUAUUGUUUAAAAAGCUAAAUAAUCUCAAUAUGGAAUAUUGAAACAUGAGAAGGAUCUUAAAUAUGCAUAUUUUCGGCGUACAACGUGAUUCGUAAUAAAAUAUUUUAUAAUGCAUUCAAUGCUUGAAAUAAUCGGACAAGUUCAAUAUAUUGCUAAGAUAUGCUACCGCUUUUGGCAGUAAUAAUAGCUACAGUCGAGAAUUGGUGCAAGAGAAAUAUCCUGGAUUUGGAAGAGAUUAUUUAAUAUUUCUUGAUGAAAAUAAUGAAGAGGUUUAUGGGUACUUAGCCAGAAUGAAAAUAAAUUUUAAUAUUUUUAAUCUUAUUGUUGAUGCUGAAAAAUCUGUGACUUUUAAACUUUACACACGAGAGCUUCGGAGUGGAAAGACGAUUAAUAGUGUGGAAGAUUUGGGUAGUGAAUUCGUGAACACAAAAGAAACCAAAUUUGUUACUCAUGGAUUCAGAUCCAGCGGGAUAUCGGAUACAUGCAUUACUAUUAAAGACAAUUAUCUUAAUAAAUCUGAUGUCAACGUAUUCGUAAUGGAUUGGAGCCCAAUAUCAAAAAUAUUAUGGUACGACAUCCCGAAAACAGCUACAGACAAUGUAGGCGAAGUUUACUCGAAAUUUAUAAAUCAGCUUAUAGAAAAAAAGCAAGUUGAUCCAAAAAAUAUUCAUCUAAUUGGUCAUAGUCUAGGAGCUCAUGUUUCAGGAUUUGCAGGCCGAAGAAUUAAUGGAAAAGCUGCAAGAAUUACAGGUCUGGAUCCAGCGUUGCCUGGUUUUGACGUAGAAAAUGAAUUGCGACUGAACAAUCAAGACGCAGAUUUUGUUGAUAUCAUUCACACAUGCGCUGGAUAUUUAGGAAUAGCUAGUCCAAUUGGCCACGUAGAUUUUUAUCCAAACGGAGGAAGUGUUCCACAACCAGGUUGUGGUCUAUUACAGUUAUUGGAAGCUUGCAGUCACAGUAGAAGCUGGGAACUUUUUGCUCACAGUAUUAACAAUACCGUACCUUACAUGGCAUCUUCUUGUGAUGAUUUUUCUAAUUCACUCGGGAAACAUUGUAAUGGCGACAGUGUUGUGAUGGGAGAAGCAACUCCAAAUACAACUAGAGGUGUAUACUACUUAGAAACUACUGCUACUGUUCCAUAUGUUAAAAGUAUUUCCACAAUUGAUGAUAACCAUUUAUAA